AUGCUCCUGCUUUUUUUCUUCUUGUCCAUAGCCCUAGCAGAGCCCCUUGCCACCAUCUGGGGCGAGGCCUGGCCCUUCCAGGGCAUCAACACUUUUGCCCACCUCCCCACCCACCAUUGUUUGGCGGACCGUGAUCUCCAGUACGACGUUGCACUUGUGGGUGUUCCUUUCGAUACGGCUGUUUCGUACCGCCCAGGCGCCCGUUUCGGUCCAAGGGCCAUUCGUGCCGCGUCACAGAGACAAACGUCCCUUCGGGGCUUCAACCCUAGGGCGUUGUACAACCCCUACAAGGAAUGGGCCUCUGUGGUGGAUUGUGGAGACAUUCCCGUCAGUCCCAUGGACAACAGCCUUGCCUUCGAGCAGAUGACCGUGGGGUUCGAGGAGCUCCUUUUUGAGCACUCCAGGGAGAGGCCUCCUCGGUACAUUGCCUUGGGCGGAGACCACCUGGUGCUUUUGCCGCAUGUAAGAGCACUCCACAAGCUCUACGGCCCCCUUAACAUCAUCCACUUUGACGCCCAUCUCGACACGUGGAAGCCCGACAAGUACCCCAGCUACUGGCAUACGGAAACGCUGGAGGUGUCGCACGGUCUGAUGCUCUGGAAAGCGUACGAGGAAGGCUUGACUACGAAAAACAACGUGCACGCGGGUCUUCGGACCAAACUUUCGGGAGCUGAGGACUGGGAGGACGACGACGAGCAGGGCUGGUUGCGUCUUUCUGCAGACGAUGUCUGGAUCCACGGCGCCGACUAUAUCGUGAAGCAGAUCCUCAAACGGGUUCCCAAGAACUCUCCCACGUACAUUUCCGUGGACAUUGACGUUUUGGAUCCUGCCUUUGCCUCUGGAACAGGCACGCAGGAGCCUGGCGGAUGGUUGCCUCGUGAGUUGAUUCAUAUUCUCAGAGGCAUCGAGCAGCUUCUGAUUGUGGGAGCUGAUGUGGUUGAAGUGAGCCCCGCCUACGACCAUGCCGAGGUUACGGCCACCAACGGUGCCCAGUUCGCCUAUGAGUUGAUCACGUCGAUGGUGAAGAACGGACCUUUGACGUUGCCUUUCUCUGAUGGCCUCAAGGCCGAGUACAAGCGUUCGCAGCCAGCGUCGUCUUUUGAGGCGGUGGAGAACUUCGUGGGCUACGGCGAGGAGGACAUUCAGGUUCUUUUGCAGAAGAGAGCCGAGGAGCUCGAGAAGUCGUUGGAGGAUGUGAAGGAGUUGCAGAAGCUGGCGAGCCAGUGA